CGGCGGGCGGGCGGCGUGUCCGCGUCUGUGCCUCUUUCACCGCAGAGGCUUUAUUGUGUUUUUUACAUUAUUUUUUUGCCUUUUCGCGAGGAAUUCGGGUGUGGUUUUUUGCUUUUUUUUUUUUUUUUUUUUUUUUUUUUUUUUUUUUUUUUUUUUUUUCAUCUUCUAUCGUGGCCGGCCGGGAGGGACUUAAGGGGAGAUCAAUGAAGGAAAGAAGAGCGAGCCAGAAGUUAUCGAGCAAGGCUGUGAUGGAUCCCAACCAGAACGUGAAGUGCAAGAUCGUGGUGGUGGGGGACAGCCAGUGCGGGAAGACGGCGCUGCUCCACGUCUUUGCCAAGGAUUGCUUCCCUGAGAGCUACGUCCCCACCGUGUUCGAGAACUACACGGCCAGCUUCGAGAUCGACACGCAGCGCAUCGAGCUCAGCCUCUGGGACACCUCGGGCUCUCCUUACUACGACAACGUCCGCCCGCUCUCCUACCCCGACUCGGAUGCUGUCCUGAUCUGCUUUGACAUCAGUCGGCCAGAAACCCUGGACAGUGUCCUAAAAAAGUGGAAAGGGGAGAUCCAGGAGUUCUGCCCCAACACCAAGAUGCUGCUGGUGGGCUGCAAGUCGGACCUGCGCACCGACGUCAGCACGCUGGUGGAGCUCUCCAACCACAGGCAGACCCCUGUCUCCUAUGACCAGGGUGCAAAUAUGGCCAAACAGAUUGGAGCAGCCACAUACAUUGAAUGCUCAGCCUUACAGUCAGAAAACAGUGUCAGAGACAUUUUCCACGUUGCCACCCUGGCUUGUGUGAACAAAACAAACAAAAAUGUGAAAAGAAACAAAUCUCAGAGGGCCACAAAGAGAAUUUCACACAUGCCUGGCAGGCCAGAACUGUCCACAGUGGCCACAGACUUGAGAAAGGACAAAGCCAAGAGUUGCACAGUGAUGUGAAGGAGCUGGGAAUUCCUGCAGCAGGAGGAGGAGGAAGAUCCAGGAGGGGUUUGGAGCUCAAUGAAGUCACAGCCACAGGGUGUUUUGUGUUUUUUCUGCCAGUGCUUUCAUGGAGAUUUCUCCUCUUGUGUCAGACUGUGCUUAAAGGACUGAGCAGCAGGAGGAAAAGGCUCUGAGAGAUGUGGCAUCAGGAAUUUCUGUUGAAGACAAUGCCAAAAAAAAUUAAUAAUAAUAAUAAUAAAAGGGAAAAUGUUUGAUUGUGCUGAGAGAAGAGAGAAUGGUUGGGAAAAUAACCCUGCAGAGGAGAGAUGUCAUGGACAGUGGAUGUUUCUUUUGUGCUCUGCUCCUGGAUGCUACCACUUUGAUUUCAUUCAAAUAAUACUUUAAUGGGAUUUUAUUUUUAAUGAAGACAUUAUUAAUGCACCCUUCUCAUUAAGGAACUACCCCUGUGACCUUAGAGUUGGUUUCCCAAAGGAUUUGAUCUCAUUUUUUCUUUUUUUAAGUAGCUGAUUGUGAAAAUGGAGAGGAUACUGAGGCCUGUGUGUCACCUGGAGGAAAAAAUUUUGGAGAAUUUUGGAGUUUUGCCUUCCUGAUCCACGGUGGGGAUGAAGACAAGUGUUUGAGGAUUCCCAAAGUUUCUGUGGAGAUGAGAUGGAUCAGAUUUGGGGGGGAGGGGAGUUCCUGCAGGUUCCUCUUUGUGGUUGUGGUGUGGAAAUGGUGCCAGUGCUGGUGUUCUGUGUGCUGUAGCUUCAAGUGGGAGGUGCUGAGAGCUCUGAUGGAAAAUAUCCCAUAAUUUUCCAGCCCUUGACCAUUCCUUAAGCCUUACUGCCCACCUGGGGAAGCCCCAAAAAUCCCCUUUGGGCUUCUCCCAGGAGCUGGGGAACUCAUGGAUCCCACAGAAAACUAUCCUGGGAUGUUAAAAAAAACAAAAUCCUGCAGAUGAGCCAGCAGAGCCUUUGGUGCUGCUCCUCAUUCUGGGGAGGAAAUGGGGUCUGAAGAACUGUGAGGCCUUAAGGGGUCCCCAGUGGGAACUGGAUCCUGCCCUUAAUUUUAGGAUGAACACAAAAAUCAAUCCUGGAAUGGGGUGAACUGCUUCAUCCAAUCCCUUUUUUGCUGUUGUUACACUGAAUUAAAUCAGCCUUUUCCAAUGGUUUGCAGCUCCUCCUGACCCUCCAAACUUGCCCCAAAGGAAGGAGACAAAGCUCUGAGCUGGCUGGUUUUUGCUUGUGGAGGACAAGCAUUUCAUUGCCAAUGGUGAUGCUUCAUUUUUGAAGUGUUUAAAAAAAAAAAAAGCUCUGUUCACUCAUGCAAAGGUAAAGGUGAACUCAUCAUUCAGUCUCAGUUCUGUGUGUUCCCAGCACUUUGUUUCAUCUGAGAAAAGAAAACAAAUCUCACUCCCAUUCUGGUUAUUUCCCACAAAAAAAGGAAAAAAAAAAAAAGAAAAAAUAAAGACAUUUUUGAUCACCAUAAUAAGCUUUUAACUGAUGCAACAGUGCUCUUAGGGCAGUAUUACAAAAUAGCUGGUAAGUGCUUCUUUCUGUAUUUAAAUAUUGUGGAAAAAAUAAGUUAUAACUGUUAUAAAGCAGGACAUUCAUUACCUUUUUUUUUUUUUUUAAUUGUUGAAGUCACUUUGUAUGUUUGGUUAAUGUUUCUGCAGUAUUUAUUAAAAUACCAUUUUUUUUUCUUUGAAUUAAAAAACGACAAAAAAAGGAA